AUGCAGGCUCCCGGGGUCGCUACUCCCACUCACCCUCAUGCUUCUGCUCCUCCUCAUAACCCUCUUGCUCCCGCUCACCCUGCUAACCCUGCUGCUGCUACUCCUGCUGCUGACGCUGGCAGUGUUCCUAUGGCAGCACAAGGGGCGGCAUCAGGGGCGGCACAAAGGGCAGGGGCGGCACCAGGGGCGGCACAAAGGGCAGGGGCGGCACAAAGGGCAGGGGCGACACCAGGGGCGGCACAAGGGACAGGAGCGGCAGCAGCAGCAGCAGCUGAGAGCAGCGAUGCCACCACCAGUAGCGGUACUGAUGGCAGCAUUUCCACUGAUCAUGCAGAUAGCGCCUCAGCAACUCGUGCUUUCAAUGCGCCUCAAAAGUCCACCCAAUCAGGCAACACCCACCCAGGCAUGAUUCCAGUGGUGCAGUUUCUGCGGGGGGAGGCAGGUUGCAACCGGAGGAGGUACAUGCAGGCGUCUCUCCGCCAGGCACUGCUGCACAACACGUGGGUCAUUCUCAUUGGCCCGCGCGCGUGCCGGGAAGAAAUGACCGAACUCGGCAUUGAGUUAGAAGCAUACGAGGAUUAUGAGGAGUCAGCCCAUAUAGAGGAGCAGCUUGUAGAGGGGAUAGGGAAUUUGAAGGCGUAUCAUAUCCGCUGGUUCUUCCUACACGAAAUGAUGUUCGUACAGUCACACCUGCCGGAGGCAAAGCUUGCUCUCUGCGUGCGGUCCAAAAGUGUGCGCAUGAAUGCAACCAGCGGCCACGUGUCUCUCUGGUCAACGGAAGCUCUGGCGGAUUUCCUUGCGUUCUUCGUGAUCUUCUUCCAGGCGGCGGUAAAGGGAGGGACCCCAGGAGACCCCUCCCUGCCAGAUCGCCAGCGCACGUACAACGACAUGAUUCAGCUGGGGUGGUAUGCCAUCCCUACCUGCUGGACGUCCCCUCCUGACCAAGCGCCCGCAAUGUGCAAGGACGAGGGAUCCGCCCAGUACCCGCGUCUGCACGGCAAGUUCCAGCCAGCCUUUAAGGCGGAGUCGCUGUGUGCGCCGCGGCAGUGUGAGGCGAGUGCUUGGAGCAAUGCCGGGUGGUGUGCCUUCGAUAACAACUUCUCUGUUGUGAGGCAAGAAGAAAUUUUUUCACUUCUGCCCGAGGGAAGGCAUGAAGACGCCAACCUCAGUGCUCUCUGCUCUGCCUACAACGUGACCUCUGCUGCAGCGCGCCUAACCGCCCCAGGUAGGGAGGCGGGAGCAGGAGCAGCCAGUCGCAUGCAGACUCUCUUCACCCAGGAGAGCGACAGCCGUGCACCCACCUAG